UGCUUUCGAUGAAAAUACAUUGUGUCACACGUGCAAUUGGCAUGCACACAAUUUUACAACUUUCUUAUUAUUUGUAACACAUUAUUGAUAAGCCUACUAAUCAAUAUUACUGAGGAAUCAACUUUAAUGAUAAAGCAUAAUGUCAAAUCAAAGACCAGUUUCUUGUGGUCUUGAUUUUUGUGCAGCACCAGAUUUGAACAAUUGCCUUUUUACAGCAAAUUCGUCAAAAUAUGAGUUUAUAUGUGUUCCACUUGUUCAUCCAUUAUUUAAAAGAGAGUUUGUUUCUGGAAGUGCAAAAAAACGAGCUGGUCCAUUUACUAGACCAGACAUAGUUUUAUGCAGUUCUGAUUGGAAUACUUUAAUCAUUGGUAAAUUAUCACCACACAUUAAAGCAGAUUCUAAAAACCCCAGCCUAAAAAAAAACAGUGAGGAAACUUUAAAACAAGAGUUAGCUUUAGCAAGUCAUUUAGGUCUUGUAGGAGUUACCUUUAAGUUGACAAAAGGAAUAAAAGAAAAUGCAAAUCUUAGCCGAAUUAUCUGUGAUAAAGUUUCAAGCAUGUGCAGCUUACAGGUUUGGAUUCAAGUCCCUAUGGAAAAUCCCAUCAAGCAAGCAUAUUCUUACAGAGAAGAAGACUGUGGUAAAGUAGAAAGUCCAUGGGAAUGGUGGAAUGCUUUCAGAAUAGUUUGUGAUUAUAAUAGAAAAUUAGGCGUUGCAUUAAUUGUCAGUCAUGAUCUUCCUGACCAAGAAGAGAUUGAUAGGUGGCUAGGAGAACCAGUUAAAUGUUUAAUCUUUCCAACAACAUUAUUUAUCACAAAUAAAAAAGGAUAUCCUGUACUAAGUAAAGCACAUCAGGCAUUAGUGAAAAAAUUUGCCAUGCUAGAAGUACAGUUUGUACUUACGGGACAAAAUAGAUAUCAAAGUAUUACUUAUUAUCACAAUUAUUUAGAGUACUUAUGGAAGGAUUGUGAAUCGGAUGGAGCAGUAGAAAGAUAUGCUCGCGGUUAUGAAGAUUACUUGCAAUGUCCUUUGCAACCACUUAUGGAUAAUCUUGAAUCUCAAACAUAUGAAGUAUUUGAAAAGGAUCCUGUUAAAUAUUCACAAUAUCAAACGGCUAUUUAUCAAGCAAUUUCUGCAGUUAGGUCUAAAUCAGAAGACAAAAGCAGGAAAAUAAUAAUAAUGGUAGUUGGAGCUGGAAGAGGACCACUUGUUCGUGCAUCUUUAAAUGCAGCAAAAAAAGCAAAUCAACCAAUUAAAGUAUAUGCUGUGGAAAAAAAUCCUAAUGCAGUAUUAACUUUACAAGCAUUGGAAAAAGAUUUGUGGGAGGACAAAGUAACAGUGGUAUCUUGUGAUAUGAGAGAAUGGAACUCUCCUGAAAAUGCUGAUAUUGUAGUAUCAGAGUUACUUGGUUCUUUUGGUGAUAAUGAACUUUCUCCAGAAUGUUUGGAUGGCAUCCAACGAUUUGUAAAACCUGAUGGUAUAUGUAUACCAACUUCAUACACGUCAUAUAUUGCCCCAGUACAAUCGUCUAAAUUGUACAAUGAAGUAAGACAAUGCAGAGAUAAAGAUAAACACUCUCUAGCGCAUUUUGAGACUUCAUACGUAGUUCAUCUACAAAAUAAGUAUGACAUUGCAAAGCCACAGCCAUUAUUUACUUUUAAACAUCCAAAUAAUGCAACUAUUACUGAUAAUUCAAGAUAUGACACAAAAGUAUUUAAAGUACGACAAAAUUCUGUACUCCAUGGCUUUUCUGGAUAUUUUGAUACUGUUUUAUUUAAUAACAUUACAUUAAGUAUAAAACCUAGUACACAUAGUCCUGGAAUGUUUAGUUGGUUUCCUAUUUUUUUCCCGAUCAGGGAACCAAUACAGUUAAAAGCUGGGGACCAAAUAGUUGUUCAUUUUUGGCGUCAAUGUAAUUCUAAAAAUGUAUGGUAUGAAUGGUGUAUUAGCGAACCUUUUCCGGGACCUAUCCAUAAUCCUGGUGGUCGUUCUUAUACUAUAGGUUUAUAAUUUUUAUUUUUGUGUCUUACUUA